AUGUCUACUCGAUUGUUCUUCGCCUAUGUUUCAGUGAUCAUUCUCUCAUCCAAGGCGCAUGGCCAAAUCAGUGAAGAGCAAAUGACAGAUCAUUCUCACUCGCAUCACGACGACUCAAAUACAAUAGUUGAACUGACGGAAAGUUAUGCUACAUUAGAUAAUCAAAUUUUGUUGUGGUUACAUAUUAUAUGUAUGUCAGUCGCGUUUGUUGGACUAUUUCCCGCCGGUGUGAUGCUAGGUAUAUCUCGUUCGAGAUGGCAUCCAUUCUUCCAGACACUAGGCACGAUAAUAGCCACUCUUGGUUAUAUCUUUAUUCUCGGCUUUAAAACACAAUCGCUUUACCCAAAUAACUUUCAUCGUAAAUUUGGCUACAUCCUUAUGUGCAUCGUUACAAUUCAGUCCGUAUUCGGUCUAGUCAGAUACAUUUUCAAACCAAAAGAUGCAAAGAGUCAAGGAUUCUCUCCGAUUGCAUCAAAUGAUUCUUCGCCCGAAAAUUCUAUAUACGCAGACAUGCCCGGAUCAGCUGGCAGUUGUCGGUCGGAAUUGUCGCAAAAACUGUUUAGCAACAGAGACUCAAUAGACAUAGAGUCGACCGAGAUGAAUGAGCCUUCUGAUAUUACUUGUAAAACGAGAUCAACAUUUGAGAGUAUACUUCCCUCCAAGAUCCUGGCUAUUUUAUCUCACGUAUCGUGGUAUUAUAUACAUAAAGUAAUUGGUCGAAUGUUUAUUCUAUUGACAUGGAUUCAGGUUAUUCUAGGAUUUGUGACAUACACUGGUACUUGUCAGGGAGAACCUAUGGGGAAUUGCUUAGCACAUUACAUCAAGGGGUCGUUAUUCGUAUGGUUUGGUAUUUUGGCAUUUGCGAGAUAUCUUGGAUGUUGGGCUAAAUAUGGAUGGGCAUGGAACGACGUCACUCCCGAAAAGAACGUAGUUUCGUUCUCUCUACUUGAAGCGUCUAUUGUGUUUGCAUAUGGAAUAACCAAUACAUUCCUUGAGCAUACCGGGGAGAGCACAGCGUGGAAUCAUCGCGACCUGCAACAUGCGUCAUUAGCAUUCAUGUGGUGGUGGGCUGGUACGUGCGCUAUUCUGCUAGAAAGCAAGCGUGUACGCAAAAUAAUCUCGCGAGGAUUCAAUGUACCCUUCACAUCGACAACAUCAUCACCCAUCCUUAGCCCAGUUGUGGCUCUCAUCUUCAUAGCAACCGGUAUUUCAAUGGGGGCUCACCAUCAGACAAGUGAAUUCUCCAUAAAAGUUCACCAACAGUUUGCGACUUUCCUCGUCCUUGGUGGACUGGCCCGUCUUGCUACAAUUAUUUUCCAAAGCAUGUCCAAACGCGAUUCCAAGACUAGAUAUGUCCCUUCCAGACCACCGACAGAAAUAGUUACAGCAUUCUGUAUAAUCGCGGCCGGAUUCACAUUAAUGGUUGCUAAUAAGGAUUUGGUCAAAUUGUUAGAUGUUGUGUUAGGAUUUGACUCCAAUUUUGUGUUCAAUUUGGUUGUCGCUAGUACAUUCUUUAUACUUUCACCAGCAAGACAGCAAGCUGACAGUUCUGUAUUAUUUAACGGACGUGGUAAUCCACCCGAAGGCAGUGGAACUUUUUACAAUAUUUGGUAUAAUCGAUGGUCUGGUGGAGAUCGGUCUGCUAGAUAUGCACAUCGGGGGGAGAAAGCGAAGACACGCUGUGUCCCUUCCCGCGACGCUGGCGCAACAAAGGCAGACAAGAUGCCGAAUACGUAUUUUUGUCUAUACUUUGCGCGGGGAUGUUGUCCCUCUGGAUAUGAAUGUAAUUACUGGCAUAGAAUACCGACUGAGAACGAUCUCGUGGAUGCAACAAUAGACUGUUUUGGCAGAGACAAAUUUAACGAAUAUCGAGAUGACAUGGGGGGUGUUGGUAGUUUUAAUAGAGAAAAUAGAACAAUUUAUGUGGGUCAUAUACAUCUUGGACCUGACAUGGAGGAAAUAGUACGGAAGCAUUUCAGCGAGUGGGGCGAAAUUGAUAAGAUAAAAAUACUUAAGGAUAAGGGAGUUGCCUUUGUAACUUACAAUUCAUCGUUAAACGCCGAAUUUGCAAAAGAAGCUAUGAGCUGUCAGAGUUUAGAUCAUGACGAAGUUCUGAAUGUUCGCUGGGCUACGGAUGACCCGAAUCCGCGAGCAAAAGCGGAAUAUAAACGCAAAGCAGAGCUUAUGGCCGCCCAAGCAAUACAAAAAAACCUUCCGGCGGAAUUUACUCUAAUGCAGACCGAAAACUUUUGGAAACGAGCGCGAUACGAUACUGAUGGUGAGAACUUUGGCUUAGAAGGAUAUCAGACUCCGGCGGGAUUUGUUGACGGGAGUUCGCAGAGUGCAGAUUCGCAAAGUGCAGAUUUGCAAGACAUACCAACUCAGUCAGUAGAAUUGCAGCCGCAAUUAUCGACGGGGCAGAUAGAAAGGACGCUGAUUUCAAACGAGACUCUCCAAGCUUUGAAAGCGCUAUCCAAAACUUCUAGCAUUCCUAUUGUUAAUAAAAAGAGUGUAGCGAACGGGCCUGAUAAGAAAGAGGAUGAAGUUCGAAUACAUAUUAAUUUCCAAUUUAAAUGUCAACUCAAAUCUAUUCUUAAGCAUCUGAUACAAAUUAUAAAAGUCAAGGCAACUCAUUAA